GCCUAGGGGGGCGGCCGUCGCCCAGGGAGGCGGGAGGGGGUGCCCGGGACCUGCCGAAGACCCGAUCUGUCCGCCCUCCUUUCCAAGUGUCCCAACCUAGUCAUUUCUCUGUCCCUGCCAUCGAUCGUCUCUUGCAUUUCUUUUGCAUUCUUCCUCGCCGGUAUGUGAUGUGCUUCGGCCGCCGUUGCCACCGACUCGCCCCUCUCCUGCCACUGGGGACUCGACAGCUUGAGCUCUUCUCUGCGAAUUUGUCAACAGUCUCCUGAACAGCUCCCAUUUGAAGAUAUUUAGCCGAAACGUCAACCAAAGAAAGACACUUUGCAGAUGGAAUGAUAUGCUCCUUGUCAGUGAUCUCUCAAUCCCUCUUUGAAGCUUAAUCUUACAUAGCUAGUGCAGGUAAUUAGGGAUGUUUCUGUUUUUGCAGCACCCUAUUCUGUAAUUGCUUGUCCUAAUUGCAGAAUUCAAAGUGGAGUACCAUAAACUAGCUAUGGAUAAGAAAAAGGACAAGAUAGAUGAUAAAGCGGCACGCCCUAGUGGCCGAAUGGGGCACCACCCUCGAGGGAUGGGACCUUCAAGUACUGGCGUUUUAAUGGUGGGACCGAACUUCAGAGUCGGCAAAAAGAUCGGAUGUGGCAAUUUUGGAGAACUGCGAUUAGGGAAAAAUCUGUACACAAAUGAAUAUGUGGCAAUCAAACUGGAAGCAAUGAAAUCCAGAGCCCCACAGCUGCAUUUGGAAUACAGAUUCUAUAAGCAGUUAGGAUGUACAGAUGGCAUACCUCAGGUGUACUAUUUUGGACCUUGCGGCAAAUACAAUGCCAUGGUGCUGGAACUACUGGGGCCUAGUUUGGAGGAUUUAUUUGACUUAUGUGACAGAACGUUCUCUCUUAAAACAGUUCUCAUGAUAGCCAUUCAGUUGAUUUCUCGUAUGGAAUACGCCCACUCAAGAAACUUGAUAUUCAGAGAUGUCAAACCGGAGAACUUCCUGAUAGGUAGACCAGGAAGCAAAGCUCAGCAUAUUAUCCAUAUAAUAGAUUUUGGUUUGGCAAAGGAGUAUGUUGAUCCGGAGACGAAGAAGCACAUACCAUACAGAGAACACAAGAGCCUUACUGGGACUGCUAGAUACAUGAGUAUAAACACGCACUUGGGAAAAGAACAAAGUAGAAGAGAUGACUUGGAAGCUUUAGGUCACAUGUUCAUGUACUUUCUGAGAGGCAGUCUUCCUUGGCAAGGUUUGAAGGCCGAAACCCUGAAGGAAAGAUAUCAGAAAAUUGGAGACACCAAACGAUCCACGCCCAUUGACAUCCUAUGCGAAAGCUUUCCAGAUGAAAUGGCUAUGUACCUGCGUUACGUAAGAAGACUGGACUUUUUUGAAAAACCAGACUAUGACUACUUGAGAAAGCUCUUUACUGAUUUGUUUGAUCGGAAGGGGUACAUAUUUGACUAUGAGUAUGACUGGAUGGACAAACAAAUGGCGGCAGACCACAGGGCAGCCUGGGACUCUCAGCAGGGCAAUCCCCAUCAUUUGAGAGCUCACCUAGCAACUGACAGACAUGGUGGCUCAGUGCAGGUUGUAAGCGUGACAAAUGGUGAACUUAAUACAGAUGAUCCCACCGCAGGUCGUUCCAAUGCCCCUAUUACGGCCCCUGCAGAAAUUGAAGUUCUGGAUGAAAGCAAAAUGCUGACUCAGGGAUUGGACAACAAAUCUAUGCCACGAGCUGUGGGGGUCCAGGGAGAGGACUUCUCCAUAGCACCUGGUGUGCCAGCUCAUGGUCAUGGUCACAAGGAAGAGGCAACAAAGAGACAGCAGGAGCCAGAGGCUCUAGGUGCUGCUGUUUUCAUAAGCGAAGAAAAAGGAAAGCCAUUCAACGCCGCAAAUAAAUCUGCAAGCAGACAGACCUUCGGGAAUUACUUAAAUAUUCAGCCGCUGCCUCGUGAUUAAAAUAAUCUCUGUAGUGACCAUAAUUGUUUGCAAGGGCACCCUCUUAAUGGAAGAAAAAGAAACAAAGACAUCAUUGCCUCCCUGCAUCAGUUUAGUUGUCUUUUAUUUGUAUUUCAUUUUUCGCCGUUUCUUAUCUAAGCUUAAUUUAGUGAAAAAUGAGUGCUUCUCUGACCAUCAAAAAAUGGAUCAAUGAAGUGGUGCAAAUGAAUACUACUGUAUCUUCAGCAAGACUUUAAAAGUAUUUUUCCUAUUUUAGAAAGUGUUAGCAGUGUCUUAACUGAUAAUUAUAUAGGCCCUGUCUGGUUUUUGAUUUUUCU